GUGCUUUCAGGCCUUACGCAUGGCCAGAGAAGGCGCGGUAGGCCCAAUUUGAGAUGGUGUGAUGACUGCUAGAACGGCCAAUUAAUGUCGUGUUAUAAUCGUGGAGUUAUUAAUCUCUCAGAACUUGCCUAAUACCCUUUGCCUUUGGCGACGACUUAAAAACAUGUAUGCGAGCGGAGUUAGAGGUCUGUAUAACGUGAUUGUCUGAACAGAAGAUCCUAUUUCCAUGCACCACAACCAUCACUAUGUCACAAAAUAUUUGCACACGCGGGAAAUUCCUCCGGUUGACUUCGUUACCCUACAUAUGGCUCACAAUCAACAAUAACAUAACCCUGCGUCUCCAGCAGUCGUCAGGUGCACUGCGAGCACGUGGUUCCGCUGCAGUCCGUUUUGUUUGUUUUGCUGCUACGAAAUUUCCAUAGCAACGCGUUCUUUGUAGCUUCGUACCGGUUGCUAUGGACAACCUUUUUCUUCGCUUCUUCGCUACCACGGUUGCCAUAUUUACAAUCGCUCAACAACAAAACAUUUUGAAGCUUCCUACCAGCUUGCCAGUACAGGACGCGCUUCCUUCUGAACAUACUUUCAUCAGUGAAAAUAUCCUUUAAAACAAUGCUUUUUCGUGCGAAAGUGUAGUGAAGGUGUCGCUGCAGCAGUAUGGAAUUGAGUUUGUAUGGUUCGCAGAUUAACCUGGCAACGCGCGAGAAAACCACCACAAAUCAAUACCGAGAGCGGCCAGGAUCCGCCCUGCAACAUCCAACCCGUCCCUGUUCAGCGGCCGCAGCGCACAUAAGGCGUCCGCUGUCGGCGGACAGUACCCAGUAUCGCUACCGGAAGCGGCCAUCUUCCAGCGGAAGUGCAGUGGACGUACCACGGCAAGCUACGUCACCGUUCCACCAGCGAAGCACGUCCUCGUCUAGUUUGCUGCUGAAGAGUCUUCUAGCAGAGCCGAUCCCUCGUUACUGGGAGUCAAAGUCACUGGCACGAUCAACGCAGAGCGCUUCAACGCGCGGUUCUUCCAGUGCGGAACGCAUUCGGCAACAUAAGCGACAUCAAACAUUGGCAACGGACAGCAGCACACGGCCCGUGUUGAAGACGAAAACGCGAAAGCGAUCGGAGAGUGGUUGUGCAGCCAAGAGAAGCAAACAGAAGGCGAACAACGAUCGCCGAAGACGGCGUGAUAGCACCGAAGAGGAAGAUCCUGAUCGAGACGAGGCGGAAAGCACGAUGGACGAAAUGGAGGACACGCAGGAGUCGAACAAUGAGGCAGAGCUGGAAGGCAUCUGGCGAGGCAAACCGUCGGCGGGAAGUAAUCGUGAGGAUAAGAAACGAUCACCACCGCUACCGAUGGUAGCGUUGCCUCUUAACAGGAAAGCUGUGGAAAUCAGUUCCUGCGGUGGUUUGAAGAAGAACAAUACGUCUCCGGAGAAGCAAUCGCGCAAGGUCGAUCUUCCUGGCAGGGUGUCCUUCAGCUCGAACGAACCGUACGAGAUUGAUUACAGCGAUUUUGAGGAGAACGAGUUCGGUUGCUCGAAGGAAGCUCAAUCCAAGCAAGCGGGAAAAGGCAAAGAUCCUUACAGCAAGAAACCAUCGUUCUCUAGCUCACUGUACGACGAACGGAUGUUCCAGGAGAAAUCCCUCAUGGAGGAAGUUUCGGUGAAGUUUGGAAGCGUAAAGUUUGAGGAAGACCUUACGACGAGCUCGGGCUACGAAACCAAAUGUGAUGAAAGUGCAAAAGCAACCAUGAGAAAGCGGACAUCAACGGUUGCGUCUCCAUCGCCGGUCAGUGAUGUGCGAGAGUCUAACAAAAUCAUUGAAGAGUAUAAGAAGGAGAUAGAGGAUCUGAACCGACGGCACGACAUGGAACUACGGAUGGCCGUUCGAGAUGUGGAAGAUGUGUCGUUGCCUUCAAAGCCUUACGAUCCCAAGUGUUUCACACCCUCAGACACACCGGAAGAUCUGUUUGCCAAUUCGGUGUCUACCAAGGCGGUCGAGAGCACCACGGAAGAUACGGACGCGGAGUUGGAUCGUGCUCCAUGUCGUUCGACCGGCUUGCUGGAGAAAAACGUCAUCAAUGAGUACUACGAGUGCAUCAACGAGAUCAUCACAGAACAGUCCCCUUCGAGACGGUCCCAGAAUCGACAUACGCUUCCAGCGCUGGGUGGAUGUUCCGACGAAAAGGAGGACACAAUACAGCACAACUUAAACAAUGAAUGUACUAAGAGUGCCCCGAAGGAUAAACAGUUUGCGUCGGGUGUGGUAACGGCUGGGAAGAGCAAAUCCUCCAACGCGGAUAAGAACCGGCUGGAUUCGAGCUCCAACCCAGUGAUCAAGAAUUACUUCAAGGUGAAGGAACAGAACAUUGUGAGUGCGAGUGCAAGCAGCUUGGCGAGCGGAAGCGGUAGCAGCACUACCGGCAGCAAGUCAGGACACUCGAAAAACUCUCUCGCGUCCAAGAAAAAUGGCAAAGAAAAGCCAAAGUCAGCCGACGCACACAAGUCUAUUCUGAGGAAUUCGAAAAAGCAGAACAAUAGCGUUGGUACGGGCGGGAGCGGUAGUGCUGGAUCGGGGAAGUUCACGUCUGCGCUGUGUCGAGAAGAUAGCAACAUAUCCGAGUUUCAUAUGGACAAGGUUGUGAGUUGGAUGUCGUGCAAUGAGGAUACGUUUCCGACGAUACCGGACGUUCCUGUGCUGGACGAUGUGGGUAGUGACGGGCAGCAGCAGCGUGUCAAGUGUCCUGAGGAUAGUUCUACCAUAGCUAGGCAAGACUCGAUUGAGCGAUCUCCCAGCUAUGGCGUCAGCUUCCCAGACAGUGUAUCCAGACCGAGAACUGAACCGCCGGAGGAGAUAGUUAGCAGUGUACAGUCUAACUACGACGACGAGUCCGUUGUGAGUGGUAGUGCCAAACAAAAGUCGGAUUUUCAAGCACUCAAAACUGAGGUCGAGUACCGGCUAAGCAACAUACUGGACUGCACCGAUUCUCAGGUCAGCUCCGGCUGUGAGGGUGAACCGUCUGAGCAGCCAGCGAAGGGCAAGGUAAAAGAUCUCUUCUCGUACCUCGAUCAGGUUGAGCUGAAGUGUGAGAAGGGCGCAUUCAAGGGAGCUACUGGUUCUGCGCCAGUCUUACCCUCAGAAUCCGAUCGUUCUGAGCUGGAUUUUGCUGCCGAACCAGACUACAUUGAAGCAGUGCCGAAAAUGAACGACCUGCUGGAGCUUCCGCCACAUCAGCUAGCCCGAAGGGUAAUCAAACUAUCGCUUCGCGCCAACGAACUAAGCAACGCUAUGCAGCUGUCCAAAAAUCACAUCGCCACCGUGCGAGCGGACAAAGCGAAAGCGAUCCGGACGGAGAAGUGUGCCCUGCAGGGUAAGCUGAAGGAGCAGAAGAAACACUACGAGGACAUCAUUGGGAGGCAUCAAGAAUUUAUCGACCAACUGAUCAAGGACAAAUCGGGCCUAUGUGAUAAGGUGACGCAGCUUACGCGCCGCCUAGACUCUCAAAACCAAAGCUGGGAGCACCGGUUAAAGACGGAGCUGGAACGCGCACGUGAUACGGCGCUCGCCGCCGAAAAGAUUCGCCGCGAGAAGUGGGUGCGUGAAAACACGAAGAAAAUCAAGGAGCUCACCGUGAAGGGGUUGGAGCUGGAGAUUAACAAAAUGACCGCCACCCAUCAGAAGGAAAUUGGUGAGCUGAAGCGGCAGCACAAGGACGAGCUGCUGUGUGCCCUCGAGGAGCUUAAGCUGCAGUACGAACAGAAGGAGGCGGACGUUCGGCAGGGGCUGGUAAAGGAACGGGAAACGACGAUCGAACGCGAACGUCAAGCGCUGCUGGAGCGGUUCGAUCGCCAAGUGUCCGAGGAGCGAAACAUUUUCGAACAGCAGCGUCAGCACCUGCUGAGCGAGUUCGAUCUCGAGAAGGAGCGGCUGCAGAAGGAGGCGGCCCGCAAGGCACAGUACGCCGACUCGCAGCUGGAAGAUCUGAAGCGCGAGAACGCGAAAAAUCUCGACUUUGCCCAGAAAGAGUAUGUGCAGAUGCUGAAGCAGCGGGAGGCGAAGCAUCAGGACGAGCUGGAGAAGCUGCAGAAACAGUUCGAGUCGGACUUUGCGAUCUGGAAGCGUGAGCACGAGCGCAAGUCGAAGGUGGAGUUGGAGCAGCGUGAAAAUGAGAUCCGCUCCCAGUGUCGCACGGAGCGGGAUCAGCAAAUCGAUCGCAUCGUGGCGAAGGUGGAUGCCGAAACGCAAAAGUAUCAGCAAGAGUUCGAUGCCAAAAUGAGUCGCCUGAAGGAGAAACAUGACGCAGAGCAGAAGGAAGCGGAAGCCUCGGAAGCGUUGAUGAAGCAAAAGUAUCAAGAUGCGCGUGUCAAGUUGGCUGAGGCCGAGGCGACGAUACAGAAUAUGAAGGCGACGGCUAAGCAGACCGAAAUACAGCUUAACCACGCGAAGAAGCUCUGUGACGAUUUGCUGCGGGAGAAGGAAACGAUGCGCGACGAGGCACGCCGCGAGGUGCAGAAGGACAUGACGAACAUGCAACGGGAACGGGAACGUGAAAUCGAACGAAUUUAUUUCAGGGUGCAACAAGCUAUCGAAAAGAAGGACGCAUCUAUAGCGGCUCUGCAAAAGGAAAUGACCGGACUAAAGGAGCGUUGCUUGAAACAGGACGCCAUCAUACGGCAGCAGCGGAUGGAUUAUUGUACAAAGUAGGAACGCCUGAACCCCC